GUUGCCCUUCGUUCCUUCUUGUCCAAGGCUCCUCCAUUGCCUCUUCCCCUCCCCAAAACCUCGCCGUCGCCUGCAUCCCGCCCCAAACCCUGCCUCAAGAAUCGAAAAGAAUAUGUGAAGAAGAAUCCGAUCUCCGAUCGAAACCCACUUCCUAUCGCUUCGAUCUCUCCGAUUCUCCGACGGCGACGACCUCCGAUUAUACGAUGAACGGCGGCGCAUCGUCCUCCAAUCCGCGACGGCCUGUGGCUCCCGCCACUCCGGCGGCCGCGACCCAGCUUGCUCCGGGCUUCCGGUUCCACCCCACGGAUGACGAGCUUGUCAGCUACUACCUCAAGCGCAAGGUUUCCGGGAAAUCCCUCCGCAUCGAUGCCAUCGCCGAGAUCGAUCUGUACAAGUGCGAGCCCUGGGACCUCCCGCCGCUGUCCCGGAUCGUGAGCCGGGACCUGGAGUGGUACUUCUUUAGCCCCCUCGAUCGCAAGUAUUCUAAUCGCUCCCGGAUGAAUCGCUCCACCGCCCAGGGCUACUGGAAGACCACCGGCAAGGACCGCCCCAUCCGCCACAACCACCGCGUCGUCGGCAUGAAGAAAACCCUCGUCUACCAUGCCGGCCGGGCACCCCGUGGCGAGAGGACCAACUGGGUGAUGCAUGAAUACCGGCUUGAGGACCAGGAGCUCGCUGGCACUGUCACUUGCACUGGGAUCCCUCAGGAUGCGUACGUUGUAUGCAGGAUCUUUAAGAAGAGCGGCCAAGGGCCACAGAACGGGGCUCAAUAUGGGGCUCCAUUUAAUGAGGAGGAAUGGGAGGAGACCGAUGGUGGUAUGAUUAUGCUGAGAGAUGAUGGCGACGACGACUUUUUUGAUGCUGGAGAACAGGAACAGGAGUACUUGCAGAUGAAUGAUUUUCUUCAGAACCAAUACCCGGACAAUCAACAUGCAAAUGAUUCUGGUUUUGUGGUGGAUCCUAAUUUACAGGACAGUGGCAGCCAUCAGGAAGAUCCUUCAGUUUUACUGGAGGAGAUAUUGAAUGACCCGAGCUUCGGUAAUGACAUGGUGGAACAUACUGAUGAACGUGGACUGCAGAAUGGCCCAGCACUGGGUAAUGACAUGGGCCAAAAUAUUGGCAUGGCAGAUUCGUCUUAUACUGCAGGACAAAAUGAGGGAUAUGUGGAGCUUAAUGAUCUUGCUGAUACUGUAAAUGCUGAAGACCCUCCUAGUGAAGACUCUGUAGGUUGCUCUUCAUGGACUUGUAAUGAUUGGAAACCUGUGGAUGGAGUAGAUGAUAUCAUCAAUUUUCAAGAAAUCCUUGAUGUGGACGAAUUCUUUGACACUGUGAAUGAAGAUAUAAACCAGCCAGAACUAUUUCAGAUGUCCCCGCCACUUAGUGAUAACUAUGAUAUGCAACCGAUUGAUAUCAGGAAUUUCUUAGCUGGUGAUUGUCCUUCCGGUCAACUGGCUGAGGGAAACACCAUGUUUUAUGAUGCAGAUAGUAAUGAUCUAGCAUUUGCUCAGGAUAAUUUUGCAGAACUGAAUCAUCUUCUGGACUUGCCUAUUUCGGAUCCAUCUCGGUUUGAUAUGGUGGAUAAUUUAAUGGCGUACUUUGAUGCCAUGGAUGAUAAUUUACAUGUUGAUACUGCAGGCUUUUUAGAAAAUUCAGGGUGUAUGAAUUCUUCUAUCUUGGACCAGUUCAACCUCACUCCAGAAUUUGAUGGCAUCAAUGCUCAACCAAACGAGGUGAUCCCCUGGGCAUCAGAAGCAAAUGUUGCAAGUGGCCCAUCAUCCUCUCUUAGAUUACCUGAUGCCGAUAAUCAGUUAAAGACUGAAAAUGAUGUCAAUAUUAAACUAGAUGUCAAAAGAAGUGAGAGUAAUGGUAAAACUAUCACAAAACGUCUUGUGAACAUGCUGGGCUCAAUCUCAGCUCCCCCUGCCAUUGCUGCAGAAUAUCCUGUUAGGUCUGAGAAGCCUGUUGGACAAAUCUCCGAAACCCAUUCAGCCAGCUCGAUACAUUUCACUGCUGGGAUGAUCCAAAUACGUGGUUUAACCGUGACAGGAAGCACGGAACAUUGGUCUCUGCAGAAGAAUGGAGAUGUGGACUUCCUCCUCUCCUACGGUAUGGAUGGUGAUGAAGCUAGAAAAUCUAUAGGUUUUGAGCCAAUUUCAAAGAUACAAGGCGGACUGGCGUCCGUGGUGCUGCGUGGUGGCUUCUAUCUUUUCUUCCUCUCAGCCUUGAUUCUUACAGUAAGCUAUGGAGUAGGAUUGUGCAUUUGUAGCAGGUAAGGUUUGCCUAUUGAAUUGACUGUUUCAACCGUGAAAGGGCAGAAAAUUUAAAACUAUCGAGGGAGAGUGAAGGACUGACAAUGCUGGACUAUGUCUAUUUGUAUAUUGUGGCAUCUGUAAUGACUAUGCUUAUGAUAUUUAUAAGUAGCUUUUUUCAACUAAUCAGAGGGUGCACAGACCAACCUCCUUUGCACCUUUAUAAUAAUUCGUGUUUGUUAGAUACACAUAGUUUUGCCUCUUACCAUCUGUGUUCUCUCUGCAAUUUCGGA